CAGUGUUUACUGGAUAAACAAGGAGCUAUAAAAUUAGUGACGGACCUGAUAAUGCACAAUUAUUCAACACACACGUUCUUCGAGACGGUUCAACUCGGUGUUGCAUUGCUACAGGGAGGCAAUGAAAGUUGUCAGAAUUCGUUCUACGCCUAUAUCGAGAAUCGAAACUGCUCUGGGAAAUUCCUGAACGUCCUUCAGGAGCGAAUGAAGGAAGCGGAAAUGGAGACGAAAACGAAAGUAUCUCUCAUCACCAACAACAUCGUUUCCGGCAAAUCUAGCAUCGGAUUCUACAGCAUCUCUCAUGAUAAUGAUGGAAUAAAUCUAUCGCAAGACCUUGCAACAACAACAACAGCAAACAGCAGCAACAACAACAACAUUAACAGCAAUAACAGAUUGUCAUUCACAGAGAGGGAGCUGGUGGCUAUCAGACAAAGCUUCGACGAAUGCAAGUUGGUUGAUUCGAUGAAGGUCAUGAUGACGAUCCUCAAAUUUUUACAACUCCUGUGCGAGAAUCAUAACUCUAAACUUCAGAACUUUCUGAGAACGCAGCCAAACAACAAGGUAACUUGCAACCUAGUCGGGCAGACGGUUAACUUUCUGGACAGCCUCUGCGGUGGAACUGCCGUGUCGCUUGGACUUCUCGGGGUUUUCGUAAAUAGGUCAAACGUUAGCCUAGUCAGGCAGACGAUUCGAACCAUCGUCAAGUUCUGCCACGGGCCGUGUUUCGAGAAUCAGUACGAGGUGGCGAUGAGAGAAAGUAACCUAUUGGAUACUGCUUCGACCCUGCUUACUGAUGAGAUCCAGCCAUUGGCCGAGACAGACUUUAUGGCCGUUCUGAAACUUAAGAACAGUACCUGCAAUCUUUUACUAUCUUUGAUCGAGAGCCGGCACGAUGACGUCAUUGAGAAUUGCAUCCUCAAUUAUUUCGCGCCAGCUAAAUUGAUUGAAACGAUAAAGAAAUUGUACGAUCUCAGUAACGCUGGCAGCAGUAGUAGUACUACUAAUAGUAGUAGCGGCUUUGAUAGUAGAAACAGCAGCAACAGUAGUAGUAGUCGAGGUAGUCCAACAACAUCAUCAUCUUCUUCGCCAUCAUCACCAUCAUCAUCAUCAUCAUCAUCAUCAUCGGCAAUGGAAGCGAUUGAAUAUUAUGACAGUUGGACUGGCUCUAUCGAAGUUGUCAAAUCGGAUAGGAGCAUGGAGAAGGUAAUAUUUCCCAUUCCGGACAUAUGUGGCUAUCUUACAUCUUCCACAAAGCACACGGUCCAGGUAACAGUUGAAAAGGAUGAACGCGGGAGCAAGGUCCCGGAGUUUUUUAAGAGGCACGAGAUGAUGAUGAAGGAGAUGAUCUGGCAGAAGAAGCUAAGGGAAAAGUGGUUGCUCUCGUGGUUCAGCCGGAAGUUAACUUUCUGGAAGAUGACGUCAUUCUAUUUGACUGUCUUGCUGAAUGUCUUGGUGGCCUUCUGCUUUCCAUUUAGCGAUUAUAACUUCGAUAUCGACUACAGAGUCUCAUACGCAAUUUGGUCACUCAUACCAUUACUUCUCGUCCAAUCAGCGUUCAGGAAAAAUUUUAAGCCACUCUUAUUGGUUGCCGUCAUCGUCGUUAGAAUGGUACUUUCGCUUGGGGUUAUCAACACGUUUAAAACGUUCGGAAUUUUGAACAUAGCCAAUAGUUUGGCUUGCAUGGUGAGCUCUCUCGGUAACAAUGGAGUACUUCUGAAGAGAAGAGAUGAGAUGCUAAAAGAUGCCAGUUUCAUUCAUCACUCCAUCCAUCUAUCAUUCGGACUGGCGGGAAUCUGUUUGCACGAGUUUUUCUAUAGUUUACUGCUUCUAGACAUCGUCUACAGAGAAGAAACACUGAUGAAUGUGAUCAGGUCAGUGACGAAAAAUGGCCGGUCCAUCCUGCUGACCGCCAUCUUGGCCGUCAUACUCAUCUACCUCUUCUCCAUUGUCGGAUUCGUAUUCUUCCGGAAUGAUUUUCUGUCCGAUGUCGAUACAACAACCACAACCGCAACAACAACCACAACAACAACCGCAAUAGCAACAACAACAACAACCACAACAACAUCAACAACAACUUCAACAACAACUUCAACAACAAUAACAGCAACAACAUCAGUAACAUCGGCUCUAUCCGGCGCUUAUGUACAUUGCGACAGUCUGCUGAUGUGCAUCGUGACGGUUCUGAACGAAGGCCUGAGGAAUGGCGGGGGAAUCGGAGAUGUGCUAAGGAAACCGAGUUACCAGGAGCCGCUAUUUUACGCGCGUAUAAUCUACGACCUGCUGUUCUUCUUCAUCAUCAUCAUCAUCACGUUGAACCUGAUCUUUGGGGUCAUCAUCGACACGUUCGCCGAUCUGAGGAGUGAGAAGCAGCAGAAGGAGGAGGUGCUGAAGAAUUCAUGCUUCAUCUGCGGCCUAGAAAGACAGUCAUUCGACAACAAAGUGACGUCAUUUGAAGAUCACUGCGCGGAGGAACACAACAUGUGGAACUACUUUUAUUUCAUCGUCCAUUUGAAAGUAAAGAAUCCCUUGGAGCACUGCGGCAUUGAGCGAUACGUUCAUGAACUUGUUAAAGAAAAAAAUCUCGAUUGGGUGCCGCACUUGAGGGCAAUGUCCUUGAGUGAAGGUGAAGACGAGGAAAAGAUGAAUAUUGAUGAGCUGGAGAGCAUACGCAAUCAGAUCGUGGACAUCAACAGCCUGACCGCCCAGAUGGCCAAUCAAAUUCAGGAACUUAAAGAACAAAUGAUUUGA